ACGCUUGACGAUCUCCACAUGUGGGGAGUGCGUACUGUGUCCGACGAUCGCAGGCACUAAACACAGAAAAAAUCAAGUGGCGAAACAUUUCGUGUGUGUAGAAACUUGUAGAGAAUUUGAGAGAGUGUGAGAGAGAGAGAGUGACUGUUAAAGUUUGUGCUUAGGACCUCGACAGGACCGAUCAGAGAUGUUGCCCAGAGAUUUAUUGAAUCUCUCGGGUGUGCUGGGAGCAGUUUGUGUAAUUGCCAGCUUUAUAUCAAUUGCUCAUGCCGCAAAGGAAUGCAAUAGUACAGUAUGCGAUUGCAAGGGCCUGAAGGGAAGAAUUGGCGCUAUUGGUCCACCAGGUGUUACUGGUCGUGAGGGACCUCCUGGGGAGUUGGGACCCCCCGGUCCUUACGGUUAUGUCGGCGAAAAGGGAGAUGCCGGAGAAUAUGGUGAAACAGGCGAGAAAGGUCACCGCGGUGACAUAGGACCAUUUGGAGAACAGGGAGCCCCUGGUGCACGAGGUACGCCUGGCAUACAUGGUACUCCAGGACCACGUGGUCUCGAUGGAUGCGAUGGUCGUCCUGGUGUUGGUGGAAAUGCUGGAACAUCUGGAGAAAAUGGUAGACGAGGACCAAUGGGAAAACCCGGUCUGCCAGGUCCAGUUGGUGAUGCCGGUGAGGGUGGCAUCAACUCCAAGGGUACGAAGGGAAGCCGCGGUGUGAGGGGACCUGAUGGAGAGGGUGGACAGAUCGGUUUUAGUGGGCCACGGGGUCACAAAGGAGACACGGGCUAUGCAGGCUUUGGUGGCGAGAAAGGACAACAAGGUGAACAAGGUUACAAAGGAGAAAUGGGAGUACCCGAGUACUCCCCGGCUUUAGCGGGUCGACCUGGCGCCAAGGGUGAACCAGGAGAAGGCGAAGCCGGUGCAUUGACAUAUGAUGAGUCGUUAAAAGGUUAUAAAGGUUCUCAGGGCCAGGUUGGAGAACCCGGUCUAAGGGGAGUUUUCGGAGAACCUGGACAAUUUGGUCGUGAUGGCUUGCCGGGAUCUAGAGGUGAUAUUGGAGCGCCUGGUGAACGAGGCAAACCCGGUAAGCCAGGAGAUCCUGGUGUAGCUGGCGAUAAGGGUGUUAAAGGAGCUCCUGGCUAUAACGGCGACGACGGAGAGGAUGGUAGACCUGGAGAAAUCGGUGAAGAUGGUUUUGACGGCAUGCCAGGUGUUCAGGGGCCACCCGGUCCACAGGGAGUCUACGAUCCGAGCUUGGACAAAUCGCUACCCGGACCCACAGGACCUCAGGGUGAAAUCGGUCCAUUGGGACCCCCGGGUCUAAACGGAGUACCUGGUAAACCUGGACGCAGAGGACCUUCCGGCGAGGCUGGUCCUCCUGGUGAGCAAGGUUUAAGCGGCAUUCGUGGCCCACCGGGCCGAAGCGAUAGGGGCGAAGAGGGUGAUUAUGGUCUAAUGGGUCCACCUGGCCCCCAAGGACCAACAGGCGAGGCUGGGCCUCCUGGUCGCUUUGGCGCAACAGGAGACCAUGGCAGAACUGUUUAUGGACCCAAGGGUCAACCUGGAGCCAAUGGUUUACCUGGAACAGAUGGCUAUCGCGGCGAACGUGGUGAGGUCGGAAUACCUGGAGACAAGGGUCUCCCUGGAGAGGGAUUCAACAUUGUGGGGCCACAAGGAUUCCAGGGUCCUCCUGGCACCCGUGGACGCCCCGGCGAUGAUGGACUCCAUGGCUUAAGGGGAUAUCCUGGCUCCAAAGGUAUACGCGGCGAUGACUGCGGCAUUUGUCAUGCUGGUCCCCGAGGCUUAAAGGGUAUUAUUGGCGACGCUGGCUAUCCUGGGCAACAUGGACCUCGUGGCUUGGUCGGUAUUACCGGUCCUCGGGGCUUUAAAGGAGAACGCGGAAAGCCCGGAUUGCCUGGUUUUAAGGGCAUGCGCGGAACAGCUGGUAUCCCCGGAGAAGCUGGUCGUCCGGGUAGAUCCGGUCUUCCUGGAAUUCGUGAGUCGAUUGGUAGUAGAAGAGAACCAGAAAUUGGCGACAAGGGAGAUAUUGGAGCACGUGGAGAAGCGGGUCUGCAAGGUGAUAGCGGCUUAGAUGGAUUUUAUGGAGCUCCCGGACAAAGAGGAGAAAUCGGCCUUCGUGGAGACUAUGGAGAUGCUGGACGUCCCGGUCGUGACGGAGCUCCUGGCCGCAAUGGUCGCGAAGGAAAGCCUGGCCUUCCACCACAGGUGCCCAAAUUUUAUCUUACUGGCGAACAUGGUUACAACGGACGAAAGGGUGCGCGUGGAGACACUGGCCAUAAAGGAUUCAAGGGCGACAAGGGUGAGCCCACGCCUGGCUUGAUUUUUGACAACAGAGGCGAUCCCGGAGAUUUCGGAUAUCCUGGUGAACCAGGUUUCCGAGGACCCAAGGGCGAAAGCGGUGAGCCAGGAUUACAGGGUGAAAAUGGUGAUGUGGGACCUCAAGGAGAGAUUAUUCCUGGCCCGCAAGGUGCAAAGGGCUAUCCGGGCAUAAUUGGAGAUUUUGGGUUGCAUGGAGCUCCUGGCUUGCCAGGUCUUGACGGUGAACCUGGUCUAGACGGUGGUGUUGGAUACAAAGGACAACGUGGUGAACCAGGACAAUACAUACUGCCGGGCGAACGCGGAGAACCAGGAAUACCUGGCCAAAAGGGCAUUAUUGGAAGUGAAGGUCGAAUUGGUUUCCCUGGACCCGCCGGACGGGACGGACCUAAAGGUAUCAGAGGUGAGAAGGGAGACGACGGUAAUUAUGGACUACAAGGACUACCCGGUAACAAGGGUCAGAUCGGUGAUUACCUAAUGGGUCCACCUGGACAAGCUGGUGCACCCGGUGUUAAUGGUCGUGCAGCUCCUCAUGGCAUCAAAGGACAGAAGGGAGAAAUUGGAUUUUACGGUGAAAAGGGCCAGAAUGGUGCCAAGGGUAGUAUCGGCUUUUCUGGACGUCGGGGCCCCAUUGGUGAUCCAGGACAAUCUGGAGUACCUGGUGUUGCUGGUAUUUCUGGACUUUAUGGCAUACCUGGUGAGCAAGGAGAUCGUGGCGACAUUGGUUUCGAUGGACGUCCUGGAGACAUAGGCCCCCGCGGAGAAAAUGGCGAAAUGGGACUUAAAGGUAUAACUGGAGAUGUUGGAGCUUUUGGAUAUCCUGGCGUUAAUGGCAUUCCCGGCAGAAAAGGAGAACAGGGUGACCGCGGUCUUCCUGGAAGACGUGGUAUUAAGGGUGUUGCCUCAUAUAGUGGCAUUAAAGGCGAGGCUGGAGAGCCUGGAUGGGCUGGAGCUCCUGGUCCCAAGGGAGCUGCUGGAUAUAAGGGAUCUCGUGGUCUUGAUGGUGACUCUUUGCAAGCCGUAAACGGUAGUCCAGGUAGAAAAGGCGAAGCCGGUGUGCCCGGCUUUAAUGGAAUAAUUGGAAGAGAUGGACUUAAAGGAACUCCCGGCAAUGCUGGAUUGCCUGGUCCCUCUGGUGAAACGGGUGAUGUAGGCGAUACUGGAUUGCCUGGCUAUCGCGGUCGUAACGGAGCUCCCGGCCUAAAAGGAGAGACUGGCCCCAUCGGUCCACCCGGAGAGAUAGGUUUGCAGGGCGAGACAGGCGAUGAUGGCUAUAAUGGCCUUAAAGGCGAGAUCGGUGACCAGGGUCCACAAGGUGUGUCUGGCGAACGCGGAAUUGAUGGAGAACGUGGAGAUGAAGGAGAACGAGGACCGGCUCAAAUCACGGCAGGAUUCAUAAGAAUAAAAGGUGCUCCUGGAGCUCGCGGAGAAGUUGGCUUGAAAGGUCAAAAGGGUGAGCGCGGCUUAGUUGGAUUCCCUGGCGCCAGAGGUUUCCAGGGUGAGAUAGGUGAUAUUGGAUUUGGUGGACAAGCUGGUUUUGAUGGUGCUCCCGGUGUUAAGGGAUUGCCUGGUAAUAGGGGUCUUAGAGGACCUCCGGGUUUGAGAUUAGCUGCAGAAAAGGGCGAUGAAGGUGAUAUCGGCUAUGACGGCCUGCCCGGACGUCCAGGUCGCUAUGGUCAGAAAGGAGCACCUGGAGAGCAGGGCGAGUACGGAUUAAACGGUGAAAUUGGACAUGUGGGUCCAAGCCUAGAGGGUCCUCCUGGUCCGCAGGGUGAAGUAGGUUACCCCGGAGCUCCGGGUCGUCCCGGUAUACAUGGACAACCUGGAAUCAAGGGUGAACGUGGUGAUGAAGGAUGGCAAGGUGAGCAGGGAGAGCCUGGAUUUGCGAUUUAUGGAGCACAAGGUGAUGCUGGUGAUAUUGGAUACCAAGGAGCGCCUGGCCUUGAUGGGGCCAAGGGUGAGCAGGGCGAACAAGGACGACCAGGACGCUAUGGAAGGGUUGGUCCACGAGGUCCUCGUGGUCCUAGCGGCGAUGCUGGCUGGAGCGGUAUUGAUGGAAUAGAUGGACUCGAUGGCGAGAAGGGAGAAGCUGGAGUAACAUAUUCAUACAAUUAUGCCCAACCUGGAGACCGCGGCGAACCUGGAUUAGAUGGAUUUAAGGGUGAACGAGGUGACGCUGGCUUGCCCGGAUUCGCGGGUUCCGUGGGACUGGUUGGCAUAACAGGUUAUCAGGGAGAUCAGGGAGAGAUCGGUUUAAUAGGUCCUGAUGGACCAACCGGUCAACGUGGUGAUAUUGGUGAAAUUGGUCUAACUGGUCGUACGGGUCUACAAGGUCGUCCUGGUCUGCCUGGUGAUCCAGCACCACCCCCACCACCACCAAAAAGUCGUGGAUUUAUUUUCACUCGGCACUCACAAUCAGUACGAGUUCCUGAAUGUCCGGCUAAUACAAACUUACUGUGGGAGGGUUAUUCACUAUCCGGUAAUGUGGCCAGUAGUCGAUCCGUGGGUCAGGAUUUGGGUCAAUCUGGUUCCUGCCUUUUGCGCUUUACAACGAUGCCUUACAUGUUCUGCGAUGUCAACAAUGUGUGCAACUAUGCCCAGAAUAAUGAUGACAGUCUUUGGCUGUCUACAGACGAGCCCAUGCCCAUGACAAUGACACCCAUUCAAUCCAGAGAUCUUAUGAAAUAUAUCUCUCGUUGCGUUGUUUGUGAAACAUCGACUAGAAUUAUUGCCUUGCACUCGCAAUCCAUGUCCCUACCAGAAUGUCCUGGAGGCUGGGAAGAAAUGUGGAAUGGCUACAGUUACUAUAUGACAACCAUGGAUAACACAGGAGGUAUUGGUCAAAAUCUAGUAUCUCCAGGAUCUUGUUUGGAACAGUUCCGUGCAAAUCCUGUUAUCGAGUGCCAUGGCCACGGACGUUGUAAUUACUAUGACGCACUGGCCUCCUUCUGGUUGGCCGUCAUUGAGGAGCAAGAUCAAUUUGUUCAGCCACGCCAGCAGACGCUUAAGGCCGAUCACACUAGCAAGAUUAGCAGAUGUACCGUUUGUCGACGACGUGGAGAUAGUUUUCUUACCCGUCGUACAUCCACAUCUGGAACGUAUUCAUCCUCGUCAUUCUCCGCAUCCUCAUCGUCACGAUCGGAUCCACGUUACUCGAGUUCAUCUGGUUACAACACGGGAUCCUCAUCCGGUAGAUCCGGUUCUGGAUCCGGAUCGGUAGGAUCAAAUGGUUAUCAGACUGGUUUUAAUUCUGGAUCCUCCUAUAGAACCAAUGUGGGAUCAGCAGGUGGAGUAGGAGGAGGAGUAGGAGGUGGAGUUUCCUCAUCUAGAUCUGGCUUCGGGUCAGGAUCGGUAGGUUCAAAUGGUUAUCAGGCUGAAUUGCCAUCCGUGUCUCAGUCGUCGGCUCCAGCAAACUACUAUAACAUCAAUAGAAACAAUAUACGACGACCCAAUGACAACAGGAACACCUACAACCAGUACGCGCGCUACGGAGAUCAGCGAGCUUAUCGUCGACGCCCGCGCGAAGAUACAUUCGCUCCAUAGCGAGUUCCCGUCACCCAAUCACAGAUUGCAAGCAGAUUACAUACUAAGUAGCAGUUAUCUUUUGUCUUAAGUUUAUUUGCCUAUCAUCUGAAUGCUAUUCUUCUUUCAUACUUCUCGAUGUUGACAGCCUCAAGAGGUUUCAGCAAAACGCAAAUGUAAUUCAAUUGCAUUGAAAAACCAAAAAUCCCACACAACAAAAAAAUAAAUAUAAAAAAAAAUCUAAUGUGCCAAAUAGCAAGAUGCGAUAACUACCAAAAACAAUUUUAUAAUAAAAAUAAUGUAAAAAUCCA